GGCAGCCCCCGCGCCGGCGCGGGCAGGGCGGCACCACGAGCCCCACCGCUGGGGGGGAGCAGGGCAAGGAGCGGUCCCUUCGCCGGCUGCCGCCGCUCCCCCCGUCCCGGGGGUGCAGCCCGCGGCUCGGGCCGGCCGCGGCCGGGCUGUCUCCGGAGCGUGGCCGGGGCCCGCGGCGCUCCCCGCGGCCGGGCGCGCUCGGCUGCAGCCCCUGUCCGCCACUCGCAGUGGUUCGCGCCGCGGCCCAGCCCGGCCUCUGAGGGGGGUGGCGGCGGCCAUUUUGUGCGGCGGCAGCGGAGGGCAGCGGGCGGAGCGGCGGUGGCGAGGGUCUCCCGGACACGCCGCUCCCUUCCUGGCCGUAGCUCCCAGACACGAUGUCGGAGUAUAUCCGGGUGACGGAGGAUGAGAACGAUGAGCCCAUCGAGAUCCCCUCGGAGGACGACGGCACCGUGCUGCUGUCCACAGUGACCGCCCAGUUCCCCGGGGCGUGCGGGCUGCGCUACAGGAACCCGGUGUCGCAGUGCAUGAGGGGGGUCCGGCUGGUGGAGGGCAUCCUGCACGCGCCCGAGGCCGGCUGGGGAAACCUGGUCUAUGUUGUGAAUUACCCCAAAGAUAAUAAAAGAAAAAUGGAUGAAACAGAUGCAUCAUCAGCUGUGAAGGUGAAACGAGCGGUGCAGAAGACUUCAGAUUUAAUAGUCUUGGGUCUUCCCUGGAAAACCACUGAACAAGACCUAAAGGAAUAUUUCAGUACAUUUGGAGAAGUUCUGAUGGUGCAGGUUAAGAAGGACAUCAAAACUGGCCACUCAAAAGGGUUUGGGUUUGUUCGCUUUACGGAUUAUGAAACCCAGGUGAAAGUCAUGUCUCAGCGGCACAUGAUAGAUGGGAGAUGGUGUGACUGUAAACUUCCCAAUUCCAAGCAAAGUCCUGACGAACCUUUGCGCAGCAGGAAAGUGUUUGUUGGGCGCUGCACUGAGGACAUGACGGCAGAUGAACUCCGACAGUUCUUUGCCCAGUAUGGAGAAGUGGUAGAUGUCUUCAUUCCUAAACCCUUCCGAGCUUUUGCUUUUGUAACAUUUGCAGAUGAUCAGGUUGCCCAAUCUCUUUGUGGAGAGGACUUGAUCAUUAAAGGAAUCAGCGUACAUAUAUCCAAUGCUGAACCUAAGCACAAUAGCAAUAGACAGUUAGAGAGAGGUGGAAGAUUUGGUGGUAACCCGGGAGGCUUUGGGAAUCAAGGGGGGUUUGGCAACAGCAGAGGAGGGGGGGGAGGACUGGGUAACAACCAGGGCAGUAACAUGGGUGGGGGCAUGAACUUUGGAGCCUUUAGCAUCAAUCCUGCCAUGAUGGCAGCAGCGCAGGCAGCCCUGCAGAGCAGCUGGGGCAUGAUGGGCAUGCUGGCUAGUCAGCAGAACCAGUCGGGGCCCUCGGGGAACAACCAGCCUCAAGGCAACAUGCAGCGGGAGCAGAACCAGGGCUUUAGCUCAGGAAACAACUCGUACGGCGGCUCCAACUCGGGGGCAGCCAUAGGCUGGGGGUCAGCCUCCAACGCGGGCUCCAGCAGUGGGUUUAACGGAGGCUUUGGUUCAAGCAUGGAUUCCAAGUCGUCAGGCUGGGGCAUGUAGACGCAGUGGGCUCUGAGACUGACUCUAUGGUGGGAAAUCAAAUUUUUCUAACUCCUGGUAAGUAUACUGUAAAUUACCUAUAUACAAAGUUUUCCAGCUCCGGUUGCUCAGUGUGCAGGAUAUGCAGCAGUAUUUUUGACAUUUUUCUUUUUUAAAAAAAAAAUUAAAGGAAAAAAAAAAAAAGAAAGGUAAAAGGAAUUUUAUAAGUUUUGUUACCUAUCUUGUUGGAAUACUGAAUGUUUGGAAGUGGACGGCUGUUUGCCCGCUAGGUGAACUAACACUACAACCGAUAGGACAGGUUUCUCCUGUAAUACUUUAUUAUUCCUUGUUUCCUGGCUACCUGAAUUCUUUGCAUGUCCAAAAUGGAAACCAUUGGUCAGAAACAGCAUCCUCUCCCCCUCUUGUUUUUAAUUUGAUCCCACCAUAAGACUCUCCAGGUGCCCCAGCUGGAGAACACAGUGUCGUUUUUGUGUUGUGUUUCUUUUUAACGCUGUCUCCCCUCCAUACUAAAGUACGAUAUGAAGGCUUCAUUUAAUCUCCGCAGUUCAUCUCAUUUCAAAUGUGUAUGGAAGAAGCACUUCAUUGAAAGCAGUGCUGUAAAUAUUCUGCCUUAGGAAUACUUCUGUCUACAUGCUUUCUCAUCCAAGAAUACUUCAUCACACCGCACAUGCUGCGUCUUAGACGGUGGGUGUUCCAUUUUUAUCCGCUACUCUUUAUUUCAUGGAGUCGUAUCAACGCUGUGAACGCAAGGCUGUGAGAUGGAACCAGAAGGCUGUCUGAACUUUUGAAACCUUGUGUGGGAUUGGUGGUGGUGCCGAGGCAUGAGAGGGCUGGUAUGUGCGAGGUACAGGAGAGAGCGCAUGCAGAGACCUGGUGGUGCAUUAGGGGGGUUUUAUUUUCCUUGCGAGAUGUCUCUCCAUCCUGUGGCUUUGGUGAGAGAGUGUGCGGAGAGCAAUGAUAGCAAAUAAAGUACGAGUGUUUAUUGCAUUCAAAGGACAUCCACAUGUGGAAGACUCUUAAGAGGGUUCUAUACCUAGUUAAUCAACUAGUUGAAUGUGUUCUGUGAAAUGAAUAUUUGUAUUUUUUUUCCCUUAUGUCAACUGCUGUGAAUGCUGUAUGGUGUGUGGUUUUUUUUCUGUUAAUGAUCUGUAAGUGUGGUAACGUGACUUGAAGAUGAUGGGGUUUGUGCUGAGAACAUUGAGCUUGUGGUGUGCUUUGCAGUAGCUCUUGUAGCAGAGAUCACUGGUGAGCUCAGUGUGCCUCUUCAGGGUGGAAGUCCCACUGUCUGUAAGAUACCCAUAAGAAUGCCGUUUGCUGCAGUUUUGUGUUUGGAUGCUUUUUAUAAGAUUUGUCACUGUAGGAAAUUCUUAAAUAAAACUGAUUUAAGUAA